AUGGAGACAGAACACUCUUCAAUGGAAAGCUUUGAGGCCGUGGGGGAGAAUACAGGAGAAGAAAGUUACACCAUUAUUGACAGGAACAAGUUAGACAAAGACUUAGAAGAUGAGACGGGAUCAGACUGGGACUUAGCUCAAUCUCUACAGCCAAGCUUAAUAAGUAUAAAAGAUAGUGAAAAGAUGAGAAAAAGCAGUCAAUCCGAAGAUGAAAUAGAAAAUGAAAAAAGUGACAUUUCAUCACCUCCAUUUUCAUUAGUAACUGUACCCCAAGAUGGUGGAGAAGCACUCCCUCCAAGUAAAAUGGAAACCAAAAGAUAUGCUUCUUCAAGUUUAGAAAAAACUUCUUAUAACAGCAUGUCUCAAAGUGUAAUGGAAGAGAAAGAGGAGCACAUCUCACAGUCACGAGCAAGAUCACUUCAAAAGAACAACAAGGACCUUCUUAUGCAAAAUAAGAAGUUGUCAAGGAUGCUGACACAGGAAAAGCAAAAAUUAGAAGAGCUUUUAAGAAGCAAAGAUAAAGAGAUUGCAGUCCUUGUCACAAAACUUUGUGAGCUACAAGAUACAAAUGACAGCUUGAAUGAUAACCUUGAAGUCUUGAAUACGGAGGUCCGGAAUCUAAAAAUUGCACUACAAGUGAAAGCAGAAGCUCUUGCAGCUCGCACUGAAGAAGUUGAGUAUCUUAACAAUGAGAAUGAGAGGAUGAAAAGGAACCUAGAUGAGUACCUUAGAGAUAUAGAAAAGCUAAAAGAGGAAAUAAUGAAAAAUAAAAGGAGAGAAAAUCUAAGAGAGGCAUCAUCUACAGCAACAUCAAGCAGCAGGUCAAGUGAACAGCACUCAAGGAAGCCAAGAGAGCAUCAUCACCAUUCAUCCUCUUCUAGUCAGAGGAGAGAACGAUCAAGGGAUCAACCCCAGGGUGAAGACCAUAGCAGGGAGCUAGCAAGGCAGCGUGGGAGUGGUGCAAUUAGAGACAGCAGACCUGAGAGGCUUGAUGAGCCAAACAUUUCAUCAAGAGCAUAUGAAAGUCUAAAAAAAGCAUCAGCAAUCAGUGUAUGUCCUGUAUGUGGUGAGGAGAGACCUUAUGAGAAAGCAAUGGAUAUGACUAAUCAUGUUGAAGAAUGUCUAAGGAAAAAAGGAUACGCAUAA